CUUUGAAAAUUAACGUGGGAAAACGGGUAUAAUCCAGUGUCGACAAAUGCUUUCGCAGUUCUCCGGGCAUUUCUGACUGUCUUCUGAAGCAGAAAUCAAAACUUCACAAGGUAUGGACAGAAUCAGUGGAUUAUCUGAUGAGUUACUGGUUAAGAUACUAUCAUUUGUUCCGACAGAAGUUGCUGUAUCCACUAGCAUCUUGUCUAAAAGAUGGAAGUUUGUCUGGAUGUGGGUGCGUAAACUGGAGUUUGUAAUGAAUCAUUUUGGGCCAGACAUUGCACUUCAGGAUUUUAUCAACAAGAAUCUUCCAUUACUUAGAGCUCCGGUCAUAGAAAAGUUUCGCCUCCAAUGUUUCUACAAAUCAUUUCGACCUGAGGAUAUUAAUAAGUGGGUUGGAAUCACGGUUUCUCGCUGCAUCCGCGAGCUUGAUAUCAACUAUUUUUCUUUUUGUCACAAGGAAGAACUUGCUAUGUUACUGCCAAGCAGCCUGUAUACCUGCAAAUCGCUCGUGACUUUGAAACUUAAUGGCCAUAGGCUUCUUGUGGAUGUUCCUCGAACAGUUUCUCUUCCUUCACUUAAAACUUUGUUACUACAUGAAGUGACUUACUCAACUGAGGAUUCUCUUCGACUGCUUCUAUCCUAUUGCCCUCUUCUUGAAGAUCUGGUUAUUGGCAGAGAUAGUGAUGACCACAUUAGAGGGAUUAUUAUUAUUAGCCCGUCUUUGCAGAGGUUAACCUUACCUAUAGAUGGUGGAGCUUCUUAUUCUAAUGAGUAUGUGAUAGUUACUCCGUCUUUGAAGUAUAUCAAAGUUGAGAAUUAUGCAGCAGAAGGAUUCUCCUAUUUGGUUGCGCAUAUGCCUAAAGUGGAAGAGGCAGAUAUCAUUGCUGAGAAUCAACAUCAUCUGGAGAAACUUUUCGAAUCAAUUACUUCUGUCAAACGCCUUUCUUUAAACGUAUGGGUCAACGAAGAAGAAGAGUAUAUGUAUCAUGAUGGUAUUUACUUCAGCCAGCUUGAAUAUCUGAAGCUAUGUAUCAGCUUUGAUUAUUGGUUGAAGUUGCUUUUCCGGUUGCUCCAAGAUUCUCCUAAACUACGAGACCUAAAAAUCUACGUCAGUUGUGAUGAUUCAAGGAAGUAUGAAGCUGGUAGCUGGAACAACGACCAGAGCUCUGUUCCUGAAUGUUUGUUGGAGAGUCUUGAAAGUUUCGAGUUUGCAGGGUACAGAGGAAGGCCGGAAGAGAGAGAUUUCGUGAGUUUUAUCUUCAAAAAUGCUUGUCGCUUGAAGUCUUCAUCAAUCACGGCUCCACUUUAUCCCGAUGAGGAAACUUGUUCCUCAACAGAAACUUGAUGUGACGAAGGAGUUCCUGCAAGUCUUUUUUUCUUUCUGGAUUUUAGGCUGCUUUUAUUGUCAAUUAGGUGUUUAAUCGAAUAUGGAACUUGCUUUUUGAACAGAAACUUAUCAUGUGUUGAUUGAUUUUACCGUCUGGUUGUACGGCUUCACUACUGAUUGAUCUCUAAGUGUGCAAAAGUCCUUCCUUGAAUGGCUUCUCCGUACUUCUCAAGCCAGUUCUCGUGGAAUGCUGUC